AUGCCACUGUGGGUGUUCUUUAUCGUGAUCCUGGCCCUCAGCAGCAGCUCCCACUGCUUGCCGCCCCCCUCCCUGCCCCUCAGGAUGCGGCGCUAUGCAGAUGCCAUCUUCAGCAACAGCUACCGGAAGGUGCUGGGCCAGCUGUCUGCCCGGAAGUUGCUCCAGGACCUCAUGAACAGGCAGCAAGCAGAGAAGAACCAGGGGCAAGGAGCAAAGCUGCGGCCAGGCCGGCAGCUGGACCACAUGUGGGCAGACCAAGAACAGAUGGCAUUGGAGAGCAUCCUGGCAGCCCUACUGCAAAAGAGCAGCAGGAAUUACCAUGGAUGAAGCCUCCGCCAGAGGUUUGGACCACCUGGAGUCCAAACA